UUUUUUUUUUUUUUUUGGUAUUUACACCCAUUGUGGUGCAACCGUCCACCCACCUUAAUGUGAUGGCACGUUCACACCGUGUCUCUCUCUCAGCGUAUAUGUAUAUGUGUGAGCAUGCAUGGGUGUGUGAGCGUGUGAGUGUGUGAGCGCACGCCACAGUGGGAGUUAUCUGCGACACUGCCUCCUCAGACAUUGCUCAGCAUCUUAUCUCGUCUAGAGGAUCUUCUAUCAUCUGCGCUUCAGAGAUUUUGGCCUUCAGGACUGCAUGGACAUGGCUGACGGUCGUAAGUACCCCUCGGUGUUUGUGGUGGACGGCUGUACCGGGUUUCCACCACCGCUGCCCCCUAAACCAGGACAAACACGGAAACGGAACCAGAGGAACCGACUGAUCCAGAACAUACUCCUGGUGCUGGUGUGUCUGGCUUUGUUUGGCUUAUUUGUGGAGGGUAUAUUCAUCUACAGCCUCCACAACAGGGCUAACCAUAACGACACCACUCCGUCUAGGCCUGUUGAGCCAAAGACGGAAGCGCGAAAAGGGGGACACAAUAAGCAACCGGACGACAAGAAGACAAAACAGUCUACAUUCCUGCAUCCGUCAAAGCCUCUUGCACAUCUGUCAGCUGGUGAUACGAAACCCAAAGAGGACGGAAUCAUGAAAUGGAAGGAUGUCCAAAACUCCACAUAUGAGCUCGAGUACAAAGACGGAAAGCUGAUUGUUCAGAAGGAGGGCUUCUACUAUGUGUACUCUAAGCUGAGCUACACUGCAGAUGGCAUGUCAUUCACCCAGAUGGUGCAAUGGUCGACAUCACGCUAUCUGAAUAAGCCAAUCACGCUCCUUACAUACCACAGACGCAAUUCAAAGUCAGGCCAGAACGGCACAUUGAGGAGCAGCUACCUGGGCGGGAUCUUCCAUCUCUUCAAAGGUGAUGCUGUUUUUGUCGAAGUGAAAGACGGCACUUCGAUUCGUCUUCACGAUGCAGCCGAAAACGUUUUCGGCAUGUUUAUGCUCUAGACAGAUUUUAGCUCUGUACUUAUAACCAUAGGCGCCAGCUUCAUGGGUGCUCUGGAGCUCGAGAACCCCCAAUGUUUAGGAUUUAAAUAUCCCAUAUUCAUACAUUUAAGUUAAAAAGACAACACCUACUGGAGUGUAAUGGUAAUAGUUCUAUUAUAGUGAUUUUUAUCUGGUUACACCGUCAGCAACACGACGCAACAAACCAACAUUUAUUUUCAUUGACAGGUGGCCAUUUAAAGGCUGUGUCCCAAACCGUACACUACCGUACUAAAUAGUGUAGUAAAACUGGCCCUACGGUAUCAGUUCUUAAAGUGGGUAUGGGGACCCCAGAGCCCAUGAGGUAUACCCAGACGGUCUGUGACUCUUUUAAAAAUGUAUCGUCUGACUGGUCACUUAAAAUGAAUUGGUUUAAUCCAUACCUCAAUAACUUGCGCACUAUUAGAGCAGUCUGGCGCUAAUAAUUAGCCAGAAUAUUACUUACAGUACGUAUUUGAAUAGUUGGAUUAGGUUUGGAAAAUAAAACAGCACUGGGUCCCCAGCUCUAGAACUUUUGAGAACCCCUGUCCUAAGGUAACAGGUAAUUUAUGACAGUGUACAAUUUUGACGUUGUAUUUAUUGCUCUGGUAUGUGACUUGGGAUGCAGCCAGCAACAGAAUGAUGGAAGCAACUGCCAAAAAAACAUCAUCCAUGUUUUCUGGUGCCAGAUUAUUAUUUUUUAAAUUAUGUAUGGCUCCUGAAUCAACGCAUGAGACUUGCUGUACUGCCAGAGCUGUUGAUUACCCAAACAGAACAGUGUGAAUGAGUUCUGUGAUUGGAGACACAUUAUCUGUCAAAGCAGAAGGGCAAACCCUGAGCAAUGUCAUUUUACACAACGUUAAUCAACGUUGCAAAAGCUCCCCUGACUGAAAAUCUCCAAUACCCAAUAAAAUCACUUUAAAAAAAAAAAAAAAAA